AUGGAGGAUCGCACGCCCCCCGAAGGCAGGCCCAAGCCAUCGCCAGGCACCUCUCGUCGAAGCAGCCCUCAUGCCACCGCUCGCAGUCGCACCGGCAGCGACACGCCAGCACAGAGCGCGUCAGGCCCAGAGUCGGCGCGCAGACGACCACAAGCUGCUAUGCAGCCGUCUGGCUAUGGUUCCAUUACUCAAGGUAUCGAGCGCCGUCAGCAACAGCAACAGCAGCAGCAGCAGCAGCAAUCCAUGGCGAACCCGACCCCGUCAGAGAGCUCGGCCAAGGCGAAGAAGCCUCCCAUGACCCGCCGUGCAACAUCGUCCAAAUUCCCCCAAAAGGGUCAGGAGUUCAGUGUGGACGAUGCGGAAGAGGAGGUCGAGCUCGACCAAGCCCAGCAGGACCAGCAGAAGAAACCACGACCGAAUCUGCGCACCAAACCCUCGACAGUUCGGCGCAGACCUGCUGUCCCGCCCGCCACCCUCACCACCAUAGACUCCAACGAGGACGACGUCGUCCAGGAGAAUGCAGGACCACCAAGCGCCCCGGAUGUUGACGCGACGCCUGGCUCAUCUAGCGAAGAGACGGUGCAAGCUGAAGACGACAGUGGAGGCGGCGACGACGACGAUGAUCUGAGCGACGCCGAGAGCUUCACACUACGUGAUCGUCAGGACGCCAUCAACGUCACACAUCCCUUUGGUAUCAGAAUCUGGAAGCCCGCCCUCUACAAAAAGGGUCGCUCCGUCCAGCGCAACGCGGAAGAAGACAUCCACUCGUCCCCGGGUCUCUACGUCAGCAAAUGGCUCCUUCUCUUCAACAUCGCUUGGACCCUCAUCUUUGGUUGGUGGCUGGCGGCUGUCGCGGCUGCUGGAGGUCUGCUUUGCGCCCUCCUAAUCUUCAGCGAGAGCUGCAAGGAGUACUCGCACCUCCUUUUCCACCUCGCCGGAUAUCUGUUCUAUCCCUUUGGUAAGUACGUGAAACUCUUGCAGGAUGAGGCCUACAUAGAAGAAGACGAGGGCGAGGGUCGCAGCAUCAGCGAGUACGAGCAGUGGCAGAGCGGCGACAUCGAGGAGGGUCGCCUCUUCUUCGGCCCCACCACUGGCACCAGCUCCCUCGUUGGUCGUAGGCGCAACAGCGUCGAUUCUACUGGCGACGAGACGACAAGCCUACUCGGCAGAGAUGGGCGCGCCAACUUGAACCACGCCGACACCGCAAACACCAAAAGAAGACUCUUUGGUCGCGGCAAGUGGAACCUUGGUCGUGUUGUCUUCUUCAUCUUCUUCUACGGCAUCCUCAUGCCCUCGCUGUUCUUUGUCUCGACCCUUUGCUGGUUCUUGGUCUUUACAAUUCCCAUGGGUAAGACUACACUACUGCUGUUAGACCAUCUACGCCGUCAUCCCUUGGCACUCUCUUUCCAUUCUGACAAUGGCAACGUGCGUCGCCCCGGGGAGUCGUCUUCCAUACUUCUCUGUACCUACCGCGCAGUCGGUAUCAAAUAUUGGAAGUAUACUAUUGACGGAACCAACAUCUUCCUCAUUAACCUGCUCGGCCUCGUGGCCUUUACAAUCUUCGACUACUUUGUUUUGGCAGAGGCCAUGGAGCUCAAGAUCUGGUUGACGGAUCAGUUCCUGCUCUUCACACUUGCCCUAUUGUCCAUCAUCCCGCUGGCAUACUUCAUCGGCCAAGCCGUUGCUUCCAUCUCUGCCCAGUCAUCCAUGGGCGUUGGCGCAACCAUCAAUGCCUUCUUCUCCACCGUAGUCGAAGUGUUCCUCUACUGUGUAGCCCUCAAACAGGGCAAGGCACAGCUUGUCGAAGGAAGCAUCAUCGGAAGUAUCUUUGCGGGUAUUCUGUUUCUGCCAGGCUUGUCCAUGUGCUUUGGUGCUUUGAAGCGUAAGACUCAACGUUUCAAUGUACGUUCGGCCGGUGUCACGUCAACCAUGCUUCUUUUCGCCGUCAUUGGCGCCUUUGGCCCCACCCUGUUCUACCAGAUCUAUGGCAGCCAUGAACUAAACUGCCGCCAAUGCGUCUCCUCUCAUAGCGGUGCCCCGGAAAGGGACUGCCGCAGAUGCUACUACUCGCAAACCCCCGCACUGAACGACCGUUUUUACAACGAAGCAGUCAAGCCCUACACUUGGUUCGCGGCUGCGUUGCUCUUCUUCUCCUACAUCAUCGGUCUUUUGUUUACUCUCCGAACCCAUGCCGCGACCAUUUGGACUGAGCCGGACGCUCAAGAGAAGAAGCUUCUGGAGAUGAGCGCAAGCAGUCUCAGCCAAAGCGGCCAUCUUGAAUACCCUCCUCACUCCCUCCUGUACAGACGCAUGGUCAACCAAACCUUGCAUGAAGUCGGUCUUUCUACUGAGCAUCACACAUCGGACGAUAGAUCACAAGGCUCAAAGACUGACAACCAUACGGUUCACAUGGUACCGCCCAAAGACAGCGACGCACACUCACAUCACUCCUUCCAUGUCGAAGGCCUAACCGACGAUGCUGCGCAGUCUCUAGCACGCCAAAUUACGGAAAUCGCCGCAACCACGACGGCUCUGGCUACACGCGACGUUACUCGGGCUCCCCGCAAAGCUGCUCAGCUUGCUCAUGCAUCGACCAAAGAUCGUCCCGUCCAGACACGAACAAACACCGAGGUUCCACCCGAGGAGGUCGACACGGCACCCGGACAUACUUCUGGGGGACACGAUGCACCCAACUGGAGCCGACAAAAGAGUGCAGCCAUCUUGUUAACAGCCACUCUGGCCUAUGCAGUCAUCGCCGAGAUUCUCGUCAACACCGUCGACGCCGUUCUCGAGGGUUCCGACAUUGACGAGAAGUUCCUGGGUAUCACUUUAUUCGCCCUCGUCCCCAACACGACGGAAUUCCUCAACGCCAUCUCCUUCGCCAUGAACGGCAACAUUGCACUCUCCAUGGAAAUCGGUUCUGCCUACGCGCUGCAAGUCUGUCUCCUGCAGAUCCCCGCCCUCGUCUUCUACUCCGCCAUCCACACGGGCUAUAUCCCCGCCCGCGAAGUCGCAAACCAAACUUUUACCCUCAUUUUCCCCCAGUGGGAUAUGAUCACCGUUAUCCUCUGCGUUUUUCUCCUCUCGUACAUGUACGGUGAGGGGAAGAGUAACUACUUUAAAGGAUCUAUCCUUAUCCUUUCGUACCUGGUGGUUAUUGCUGGAUUCUACCUCUCUGGCUUCACCGACUUUGAGAGAAUGGGUGUGGAUCCGGCGGAUACGUUGGCGCUUGGUGAACAGGUGCAAUCCAUGACUUUUAAGACAAAGGGUAGGAGUGGGGUUGCUUACUGAGAAGAAGAAGAUGAAAAUUGGAAUGUGUGAGUGGAGUGGAGUGAGUGGAAUGUGUUUUAAAAAAAGACGGAAUUGUAUAUGCGUGUGGGUGUGUGGGUGAAAAAUAUGUUUUGUGUGUGGCGUGGGAUGGAGGCGUUUUUUUUGGCGUGCUUUGUGCGCAGCGCAGCGCAGGCGUUUGCUGUUUUUCUCGGAGUACAGGUGUGCCGCUCUUAUUAUAUCAAUUGCGAUGGCGAUUGGUGAGAAUACGUACAUGUGAUAUUUUUUGUAAUGAUUCAAUCGUGAAAA